AUGAGAGUGGUAGUAGAGAUACUGACCGGAAGACUCUUCUUCGUGGAGAUACAAGAUGAUGCAACGGUGGCGGACCUAAAGAAGGAGAUCGGAUUUCAGGAACAACUUCCAUUUGAUCGCCUCAUCUUGCUGGUGGAUGGAACUGAGAGUUUUUUAAUGAAUGAAAAUGAACGUUCCCUCCAAGAUUACGGCAUCAAAGAUGGCUCCCAUGUCUACCUCUUUUUCGACUCUGUUGACGACGGCUCCUGGCAUUGUCUCGUAGCUUCUCAGGACUCCACCUGGUGUCACACAUCUCCCCCGAUCGACCUUUAA